AUUUACCUAAAAUAGUACUAAAAUGGGCUGCUGCGUCAGUAACGAAGAGAAUGAGCCAGUGGGGUUAGCUAUCAUUCAAGAUUUACAACUUGGCAGUAAGAAGAAGGACAGGCAGGAUUACCAGUUUUUAGGGGAUGGAGCUGGAGCUGAAGUUGGGUCUAAGGGAGGCUUUGCAAGAGAUUGAGGGGAGAAUGAUGGUGGGCAGCAUUGUACUCCUGUUAGUGGUCAGACUCAUUUUGGGAAUGUUCAUAGUAGUGGACAUGGAGUGAGUUCGCAUGGGGGCAUUGUGAUGUUGUUUCUCAUGGAGGAGGCUUUGGAGGUGGAUGCGGAGGUGGUGGCUGCGGCGGCUGUGGCUGUGGAGGAUGAUAAAUUCAACAAAUACUCCUAUGCAACAUAA